AUGCUCCUCAUGCAGCAGUACCCGUCUUCGGAGAGGUACACCAACUUGGCCUUGUUGGCGCUGAGGCAGACGAAGCCGGGGACGGUGCUCUUGCUCGUCACCAUCUUCUACGACAUGAACCCCUCCUUCACGAGACUGCGCCCAAAGCCAGUUGUCGAGACGGAGGCGAGGACGAACAAGGAGAUGUCGAAGGCCGCGUGGCAGAGUAUGUCGAAGUCGUCGUACUUCCCGGAGUACAAGAAGACACAGUUCAACGAGGUCUUAUGCAAGAUUUAG